AUGGGCAAGCGGAACAAGAAGAACAAAGCCAAAGCCACUCACCCAGACCCAUUGCGCUCCGCUGCAAGUCAGACACCGCUGCAGGCCUCGGCUGUGUCCAGGGAAGCCAAGGUCAUCAAAUGCGCCAACUGUGAUUCCGAAGAUCAUGGGUGGCGUGAUUGUACCGCUCCCAAGAACUGGUCUCGUGUGACUUGCCGCAAUUGUGGUGAGAAGGGCCACACCGUCAAGCAUUGCAAGCGACCCAUCAAGGAGCCAGAUAGUGACGGCGGAUUUAUCAACGCUAUUAUCAACGCUGCCGACUCAGGGGCUGAGGAUCCUGGUAGCGAUUGGGACAAGUCUUCGGCUUCAGGCGGGCUCCAACCUCAACUCGGCACCCUAUCUCAAGACCUACUCUCGAGAGUUCCAGCACAAAUUCAAGCACAACUCCAAGACAAGAUCAACAAGUCAGGCCUCAUCCCGCUGUUAGACCAAGAGCUCGAUAAGUACUUCUCGAAGACUCUAUCAGCCAAGGCCAAAGGCGAAGCCGUCCUUGAUAUCUUCGAUAUUGCCGAUGCGCUCUCUACCAAAGGCCGCCUCGAUAUUCUCCUGACUGCCAAAGUUGCGUUCAGCAUGAAUAUCAUCAUUCCAGGACAUCACCAUAGGGGCGCUUGUACAUACCUGGAGAUAAAGACCCACCUUGAGUAUGGAGACCGCGUGGCGGAGGCAAGGACUGCAGCUCCGAAGGGCGAUCCGUUCGAUUGGGCUAUGAUCAUCUUCAACAAGCCCGAGUGGUACCACACUCACAAGAACCGUGUGGAGGAGGUCAAGAAGUACUAUGGGUACAUUCAGACCUGGGCGAAGAUCUUCAUACAAAAGGGUUACUCCGCUGAGGCGGCCGCUGAAUGGGCGAAAGAACAUCCAGACCCGAAUCUGGAUGACGAAGAACUGAACGGAUGCGCCGCAGCCUCUGCAGCAUCUGCAGGCAACCUGGAGCCCGCCCCGGAAGGCAAACCUGCUAAGUCGACGCGGCUCGCUAUAGACGACAGGCUGCUAUUCCGCAUCCUCCCCAAUCCAUGCGACACCUAUCAUCAACAUACCUACCACCGUCUACGUAGACCGAGGACGAAAGAAGAGAAGAGAGGAGAAUGUCCUAUUUGUCAAGCUCGAUUCUCCGGUCUCGCGACAUCCGGAGCUCUGGUCGCGAGAGGUCGUCGCCCGUACUCACUGAUCUGGAACGUCAACACACCACUAGAUGAGGAUUUCACGCAAACCCGAGAUUAUCGAAUGGAUAGCAUCUGCUACGCGAUGGAGCUGAGGCUGAAAUUGCGGCUCUUGGGAUGUCUAGGCGAUAUGCCGGGACCGGGACCUGUGUUGCCAGCUGAGCUUAAGAAGGAUACGCACAUCGCGAGGAUCCAGUCCCGCGACGAACCCAAGUUGGCGAUCCUCAAGAGUCUGCGCCGGAACACUCAGCGUUUCCUAGUGACUGUCGAAUGGUGGCUUGCGUACACGGCCGGAGAUACUCCCAAGGUCAAUGCCAAAGUCCUUCGAAGUAUUCCUAGCACCAGUAAGAAGGGAAGCCGGCAGUACGUCCCCAGGAGAGAUGCCUUCGCCGAUUUCGAAGAAGCAUGCCGAUAUUACGACCGGUCGCACGAGGCCCUCCCGGUGCGCAUUAAUGCCAAAAGCCUGCCUUACCUCCCGCCGACUCGGAGUCUGCGUCAACGAUUGCUGGAAGAGGAAGCCGAGGAGGACUCUGUAGCGCGGAUUACGAGCGAUGUCGAGGACGCGGUCAUCGAAGAUUGCGCUCUAUCGAGACCAAGUGACGAUCUUGGGGACUUUCUGGGUGUUGGCGAUCCUAGUCGGAUCGGAAGUCUGGAAUUGGGGUUGUUGAGGAAGUUGUCGGAGAUUCACUGCUCAGAUACAAAGCCCGCCUCGGAGGCGAGUGUUGACGACGCUUCGGCUAGGAGGGCGGCGCUGGAAGCUGCGCUGGGCGACCCAGAUGCAUUCAUGUGCGCAGCGAAGCGAUUGGAUUAA